CUGUACCCUUACAAGUCUAGCAUGAUUGGGCUGGAGUCUCUGGCAGAUCCCUCUGGUAACUGGGAUAUAGUGGAGACCAUUGGGAAAGGAACAUAUGGGAAAGUCUACAGAGUAACCAACAGAAAGGAUGGGAGCCAGGCUGCAGUGAAGGUCUUGGACCCCAUCAGUGAUGUUGAUGAAGAGAUUGAAGCAGAAUACAAUAUCCUGAGGUCCCUGUCCAACCACCCCAAUGUGGUGAAGUUCUAUGGAAUGUUCUACAAGGCAGAUGAUAUCUCCGGGGGACAACUCUGGCUGGUGCUAGAGCUGUGCAAUGGGGGCUCCGUAACUGAUCUCAUCAAGGGCCUGCUGGCGUGUGGUCGCCAUUUGGAGGAGCCUGUUAUUUCAUACAUCUUGUAUGGAGCACUCCUGGGACUGCAGCAUUUACACAGCAACCGAAUCAUCCAUCGUGACGUCAAGGGGAACAACAUCCUUCUGACAACAGAAGGAGGAGUCAAGCUUGUUGACUUUGGAGUCUCUGCUCAGCUCACAAGCGCUCGUUUGCGGAGGAACACGUCUGUCGGUACCCCCUUCUGGAUGGCUCCCGAGGUCAUCGCUUGUGAGCAGCAGUAUGACUACUCUUACGAUACCCGCUGUGACGUCUGGUCGCUGGGCAUCACAGCCAUCGAGCUUGCCGAUGGAGACCCCCCUCUUUCAGAGAUGCAUCCAGUCAAAGCCCUCUUCAAGAUCCCACGGAAUCCACCACCCACACUACGCCAUCCGGAGAACUGGUGUCGGGCAUUCAGCCACUUUAUUGCGCAGUGUCUGAUCAAGGACUUUGAGAGGCGACCGUCAGUGACCCACCUUCUGGAGCAUCCGUUUAUCAAGCAGGCCUACGGGAAAGACAUGGCCUUACGCCACCAGCUAGCUGCUCUAAUCAAAGAGCAACAGAAGUUGUCUUGUCAGGCCAAAUCCAAGCAUGAGAGAAUCAAUACUCGUAAAACCCUAAAAAGUGAGAGCUGUCCUGAUGACGAUUUGGUGAAUCUCGAAGUUUUAAGCGAGGAAGUCAUCAUCUCUCAUCUCCAGAGGAGGUAUGGUGAACUCCAGAUCUACACAUACGUUGGUGAUAUCCUCAUCGCUCUCAAUCCUUUCCAGACCCUUAACAUUUACUCACCACAGCAUCACCUGGCAACCCCCAGGAUGUCAGCAGAUUGUUAGAAAUCGUUUUUGAAUCAGGC